AUGGCAAAUCUUUCAAAGAGUAGAGUUACAGAAACUUUAAGACCCUUCUCUAUUUCUGGUAUCGAUUACGCGGGUCCGCUUCAGAUGAGAGAGGGCAGGAGACGAGGCAGGUUUCUCAUUGUUAAACUGUACUUAGCGGUUUUCGUGUGUUUCAGUACAAGAGCUGUACACUUCAAGUUGGUAACGGCAUUAACUACAGAGGCCUUUUUAGCAGCCUUAAGAAGAUUUAUGGCAAGACGCGGUCUUUGUUCACAGAUAUAUUCCGAUAACGCUACAAAUUUUGUAGGAGCAGCGCGGGAAUUGAGAGAGGUCUACGAAUUCCUGACAAAAAAUGUAGACGAAAUCAGUAACGAGUUAGCAAAAAUCGAGGCAGUGCUAAAUUCAAAGCCCCUCACCCUCUUAUCCUCUGAUCCUAGCGACAUGCUAGCCCUAACUCCUACUCAUUUUCUGAUUGGGAGCUCACUAUUAGAACCUGUUCAGCAUAAUUUCGCAAGAAGCAAAUGGUUUACCGGACAGGAAAACAUUGAGCCGGGUACAAUGGUAUUGGUAAAAGACAAUAAUCUACCGCCCUUAAAGUGGAUUUUGGGCAGAGUCACAGAGACUUUUCCAGGCGAUGACGGGAUCGUGCAAGUCGCCACAAUCAAGACCAGUAGCGGAUUACUCAGAGAUCUAUCAAGAAGCUGUGCCCACUGUCUAUUAAUGACGAUUACCCAUUUAAUUAGAAUAAUUCUGGUGACACUUUAUUAUUGA